UCUUCUAGCCAACAACAGAUUAGAUGUGUGAUUGCUGAUAAUACUUGUAUUGUGCCGUAAAUUUCUCCCACAUUUUGUUGCGAAUAAGUUUUAAGGAGAUUAAUUAAUCACUAUUGCUGACAGGAGCUUCGUUCUUUCCAGUAAUUUGGCCGCGUCUAAAGCGCAGUGCUUGAUGAAGAACAGAUUGUCAAAUAAGACAUUAAAAAAGUAAAAAUUACAUUUACUGAUUAAGUCUCACCUGCCUACAAUCAGUGAUACCACAAAAUGCGACAAGUGAGCUGCAAAAAAAUUAGGUUAGGUCUGCAUUUCUAUUUCCACCAUGAUCAUACAAAAAAACAAUAAUAUCAUCCCCGAGUACCUCGACGAACAGUUUUUCAAAGAGGUUCUAGUGAACCAAGCUGGAUUUGAAGAUGUCAAAAUAUUUAGCUUGGAUUUUUCAAUGGGAAGCAGCCCUGGUGAAAAUUAUUUGAGCUUUAUUUACCGUGUACAAGUUGUUUAUACCCUAAAAGGACCGGAAAACAUCGAAACAAACUUCAUUGUGAAAAGUAUUCCCCUGGACGGAGCAAGGGAAGCUUUUGUAGAAAUGGACAUUUUCGACAGUGAGAGAGUAAUGUAUAUCGACAUCUUACCACAAAUUGAGAGUUGUCUAGAUAAUAUGAAAAUUGCACCAAAGUGCUACUAUGUUACGAGCAACCCAAUCGCAACCAUGGUCUUUGAAGACAUGAAAGUGCCGGGAUACAGGAUAGCAGAUCGAGUGAAAGGCCUGGACCUUGAUCACAGUAAAAUUAUUUUAACGAAACUAGCGCAGUAUCACGCUGGUGGCAUGUUACUUCUGGAAAAAGAACCUUCGUUGACGGCAUCUGCACUAUUAAAGCGAGGAAUAUUCUCAUCAGUUACUUUAACGCCGAACAAUAUAGGAAAGGGAUUAUGUAUGAAUGCUUCAAGGCUUAUCGGGCAUGCAUCAAAAUGGCACGGCUAUGAAAAAAUCAUGGACAGAUUACAAGAUUGCCAUAAAAAUGAAACUCUAGAUGAUAAGAUUCUAGAUACAAUCCGGCCAUCAUCAGAUGAUAUACUAACAAUCUGCCAUGGGGAUUGUUGGGUAAACAACUUCCUGUUUAAAUACAAAGAGGAUUCGCCAAUUGAUGCUGUUUUCGUUGAUUUUCAAGGAAGCAUGCGUGGGAGUAUAGGACUUGACAUUAACUACUUUUUCGCCAGCAGCCUGCAAAUAGAUAUCUUACGUAACAAUAGAGAUCAACUUAUUGAAGAGGCUUACUACCCUGCCUUCCGUGCAGCUCUAGAAAGAGGUUUUUAUAAGAACAUUCCCACAGUUCAAAAUGUCAAAGAUGAAAUUAAAAGGAAAGCCAUGUUUGGAUUUUUGAGCUCAAUCCUGGUCUUGCCUACAAUAGCAAUGAAUAAAGAAGACUCAGCUGAUAAUUCUGUCGAAAAGUUUGAAGAUGAAGAAAAAGCACAGGAAAUUGCAGACCUCUCUUGUUCAUCAGAACGAUUCUUAGAAAGUCAAAAAAUUUUGUUGAAGGAAUACGAUAAUUAUGGAUUGUUUGAUUAAUAGUAUUGUUCGACUAAUAAACUUUAUUAACAAGUGUUACAUAA